GUGACGAGCUCAUGUUCGUACUUGUAGCUAUGCCGUCCAAGGGUCCUCUUCAGUCCGUGCAGGUCUUCAGACACAAGAAGACAGCCACAGCUGUGGCCCACUGCACACGAGGAAAUGGGCUCAUCGAGUUACUGGAGCCUGUCUUGCGUCUGGGCAAGGAGAGGUUUGCUGGCGUAGAUAUCUGGGUCUGUGUGAAGUGUGGUGGUCAUGUGGCCCAAAUUUAUGCUAUUCGACAGUUCAUCUUAAAAGCCCUGGUGGCUUAUUACCAAAAGUAUGUGGAUGAAGCCUCUAAGAAGGAGAUCAAAGAUAUUCUCAUCCAGUACAAUCGGACCCUGCUUGUAGCUGACCCCCGUCGUUAUGAAUCCAAAAAGUUUGGAGGUCCUGGUGCCCAUGCCAGAUACCAGAAAUCCUAGCGAUAUGCCCCAUCUCAAGGAUCAGGGUUUACCUUUGUAAUAAACAUCCUAGGAUUUUAAUGUUUUUUUUAAAAAAAUGUUGUCCUUGUAAGAGUUGUCUUGGUCACAGUGUCU